UCCUCUCCAGAGGUUUUCAGCCGUUUGAACUUUGCGUUGAGCGAGUGUGCCAAGCAAAGCGAGGGCGGCAUUUUCUCAAGCAUCUGAAGGCAGGAAAGAGGAGAUGCAGAGAUUAAAAGGUGUGGUGACGAUAAGAAACUCAUUUCACAGAUUUCGGAUUCUCUCACAUCAAAGAGGCUUCUCUGCUCAACCGAGUUACGCAGAACAUGAUGUUUUCCAAGACGAGAUUUUGGUUGAAGGGAGACCUAAAUCAAGAGCGGCGAUUCUCAAUCGGCCGUCUGUUCUUAACUCACUUACGACUUCAAUGGUGGCUCGGCUUAAGAGACUGUAUGAGUCCUGGGAAGAGAAUUCAGAUAUUGGAUUUGUAUUAAUGAAGGGUAGUGGCAGGGCUUUCUGUUCCGGAGCAGAUGUUGUUGCACUAUAUAGAUUACUGAAUGAAGGGAAAGAUGAUGAGUGUAAAAGUUUUUUUGAGACAUUAUACAAGUUUGUGUACCUACAAGGAACAUAUUUGAAGCCGCAUGUGGCCAUAUUGGAUGGUAUAACUAUGGGAUGUGGAGCUGGAAUUUCACUACCAGGAAUGUUUCGUGUGGUAACUGAUAAAACUGUCUUCGCUAAUCCAGAAGCUCAGAUGGGUUUCCACCCUGAUGGAGGGGCUUCCUUUUAUCUUUCUCGCUUGCCUGGUUACUUAGGUGAAUUCCUAGCAUUAACUGGAGAAAAGCUUAACGGCGUAGAAAUGAUUGCUUGCGGCCUUGCUACCCACUAUUCAUUAAAUGCGAGACUUACUUUACUUGAAGAACGUGUUGGUAAACUGAUGACAGAUGUCCCUUCUGCCAUAGAGAAUUCUCUUUCACAAUAUGGUGACCUUGUCUAUCUAGAUGGGACAAGUGUUCUUCAUAAGAUUGACACAAUCGACAAAUGUUUCAGUCAUGACACGGUUGAGGAAAUUAUAGAUGCUUUGGAAAAAGAAGCAGCUGAUUCUUAUGAUGAAUGGUGCACUAGAGUCCUCAAAAAAAUGAAAGAAGCCUCCCCAUUGAGCUUAAAAAUUACUCUGCGAUCUAUACGAGAAGGCAGAUUUCAAUCGCUUGAUCAGUGUCUAGUUCGUGAAUAUAGAAUAUCCCUCACCGGGAUCUCCAAACAGAUCUCCAAUGACUUUUGUGAGGGUAUUCGUGCUCGAUUAGUGGACAAGGAUUUUGCUCCAAAGUGGGACCCUCCAACUUUACAAGAUGUGACUAAAGACAUGGUAGACUGGUAUUUCUCUCCACUUGGUGAUCUUGAGCCUGAACUGUUGCUCCCUCUGGCAUUGCGAGAACCUUAUAUGUGAAACGCAUCAAUGCAAGUCAAAACAGAGCAGAUUAUUUUUUUUAGUUACUUGAAAUCGGGCCACUAUGAGCUCUGCCAGAAAUAGUUCCUUGCAUUCGUUGGUGUAAUAACUUGUAAUCUCAAUGCUCCAUUUGAACGUGUUUAGAGAAGUGAAUGUUGUUAACAAGUAUGUUUUGAUGUCAUAGGAAUUUUGGGUUUUCUGCCAUUUCAAACCUUUAGAUUAUAAUGAUUCUGAAAAGAAAGAAACUUGUACUGCAUAGUCUGCAUUUCAAUACAAGAUAUUAUCAGAUUAGCUUA